AUGACCCGACCGGCCAAACAAGACACCAUUGUCAUUUCCGAUGACGAAACAGCUUCGGAAAUUGAUGGGUUUCAGCCUCAAAGCAAGAAAUCUCUUGGGAAACGUAAAAUCGACGUCGGCUUCGAAGAGAAGGAAGUCUGGGAUGCAGAUUCCGACCUAGAACUCCCAAAGUCCAAGAAGCGCAAGGGCCAACGUGCUACCGCCAGAAAUGGGCAGAAAAGCAAGCCCAAGGGCCGAUCACCCAAGAAGAGCGCCGUCGUCAGGGUCGACGUCGACGAAAGCGAUGGGUUGGAUGACCUUGACGUGGCUGAAGCGCCCGACUACUUGAAGGAGCGGAGGAAGGCGUUCGAGAAGAACCGCGAGAGACUGAAGGAGGCCGGUCUUUUGCUGCCGCCAGACUACUCCGACGUCGUCUUCUCCGAGCAUGAUCGACUCAACAUGCUGGAGCGCCGACCCAACUUCGACGAGAGCACAAAGAUCAAGCCCUGCCGGCCAUACCAAGAUGUCGAGCUCGAGUAUUCGGCAGGAAUCAUCCCUGCCCCCAUUGCCCAGUACCUACGAGAUUACCAGAUCGUCGGUGUCAAGUUUCUGCAUCGUCUCUUCGUCUACCAGAGAGGCGGCGUGCUUGGCGAUGACAUGGGUCUCGGCAAAACGGUGCAGGUUGUCACAUUCCUCACUGCCGCCUUUGGCAAGACCGCCGACGAGCGCGACAGGAAGCGUCUAAAAAAGAUUCGUGACAUCUCUGGCCGCUGGUACCCGAGGAUCCUGAUCAUCUGCCCAGGAUCCAUCAUCGAAAACUGGAAGAACGAACUGAAUCGCUGGGGUUGGUGGAAGGUCGACGUCUUCCAUGGCGCAGGGAAAGAGGAUGUACUCUCCACGGCCAAGGCCGGACGGACGGAAAUCAUGAUCACCACUUACACGACCUACAAGAACCACAAGAGCUUGGUCAACACGGUCAAAUGGGACGCCGUCAUCGCCGACGAGUGCCAUCAAAUGAAGGAAAGAAGCUCCGAGGUCACCAAGGCCAUGAACGACAUCAACGCGCUCUGCCGUAUUGGCUUGACGGGCACCGCGAUCCAGAACAAGUACGAAGAGCUUUGGACCUUGUUGAACUGGACGAAUCCAGGCCAUUUCGGCACCUUGAGCGAAUGGAACAACACCAUCACCAAGCCCCUGACGCGAGGCCAGUCCCACGAUGCGACCUUGGGUCAGCUACGAGACGCCAGGAUCACUGCCAGAAAGCUUGUCACUAACCUGCUUCCCGGCUUCUUCCUGCGCCGUAUGAAAACAUUGAUAGCCCAUCAGCUACCCAAGAAGAGCGACCGAGUCGUCUUCUGCCCGCUUACCGACCAACAACGGGAGGCGUACAAGAACUUCAUCAGUAGGCCUGACGUGGAGCUUCUCCGCACCCUCUCGGACCCCUGCGAAUGUGGCUCGGGCACUGGCCAGGGAUGGUGCUGUCGGAAGACGCUCGAGGACGGAACAUCGUGGCAGUCAAUCAUCUUUCCCUGCGUCACAACCCUGCAGAAGCUAUCGAACCACCUCACUCUCCUCAUCCCUGCAGGAGGAGGCGACCAAGAUGACAAGUACAAGAGGGAAAUUCGCGCACUCCAGACCUGCUGCCCAGAGACGUGGCAAUACCUCUACCAGAACAGAGAUGCCAUCUUGAACCUGGCCAACCCCGAGUUCUGUGGGAAAUGGAAGGUCUUGAAGAAGCUUCUCAAGUUCUGGCACGACAGCGGCGACAAAGUCCUUGUCUUCUCCCACAGCGUCCGCCUGCUUCGGAUUCUACAGCACCUGUUUCACAACACCAGCUACAGUGUCACGUAUUUGGAUGGCUCUGUCUCCUACGAGGACAGGCAAAAGGCCGUGGAUGACUUCAACUCCGACCCGACCCAGUUUGUCUUCCUCAUCUCGACCAAGGCCGGUGGUGUAGGCCUGAAUAUCACGUCUGCAAACAAGGUUGUCAUUGUUGACCCUCAUUGGAACCCAUCGUACGAUCUUCAGGCCCAAGACCGAGCGUAUCGAAUAGGCCAGGUCCGGGACGUCGAUGUCUUCCGCCUGGUGUCCACAGGGACCAUCGAGGAGAUUGUCUACGCCAGGCAGAUCUACAAGCAGCAGCAGGCCAACAUUGGUUAUACAGCAUCGUCCGAGCGGCGGUACUUCAAAGGUGUGCAGCAGGAUUCUGAACGCAAGGGGGAGAUCUUCGGCCUGGAGAACCUCUUCACGUAUCGCGAAAACCAGCUCGUGAUUCGUGACAUCGUCAACAAGACCAACAUUGCCGAAGCAAAAGCAGGAACAGGCAUCGCCAUGACCACCGUCGACAUGGAGAAGCUCGCCAAGGAGGAGGAGCAUGAGGGAGAGCUUGGCGCCCUGAAGCGCGACCCUGCCGGCUCGGAGGACGGCGACAUGAGCCAGCUUGCCGCAUUCUUGGCCGGGAAGAACACCAAGGCCGGCGACUCUGCGAAAACGCAGCAAGCAAAGAGCGAUGCCGUCCAGGCCAUCCUGUCGGCCGCAGGCGUCGAGUACACUCACGAAAACUCGGAGGUGAUUGGGACAUCCAAGGUCGAGGAACAGCUGUCCCGCAAGGCGGAGAUGGCGGCCAGCUCCGACGUCGACGGAGAGGGCGACAGCGCUUUGUUCGCGGACAGCCAGGCGUUUGAUGCACAGGCACAGAAGCUGAAGGGAUUCUCGUACGUUUACAACCCCCCCGAGGAUGUCAUGCGGCGACAGUUUUGCUCCAUGGCGCGCGAGUUUGGCUUCGCAACCGCGAUCGAGUUCGCCCUGGUCGUCGGCAGUUGGACGCAGGCCCAAAGGCGCAACUGUCUCGAUGCGUUCUACAAGAUCCGCGAGGGCAAGCUACUGGCCGAGGAGACUGUCAAGGCCGAGACUGAGGCCGAGCAGGCUGCCGCCGCUGCUGUCAAGGAGGAGGUUCAGAAGCCGGAGGGUGGUUUCAAAAACGAGCCGGAGACGAAGGUCGAGGAGACGAAAGACAGCCUAGUGAUUGUCGAUAAUGAUGCCGAGACCGAGGAAGAGGACGAAGACGAGGCCGGUAUCGUCCAUACGCAGAAGGACGUGGUCAACCAGGGACCUGCCGAGACUAGUGAGGCCAUUAAAUCAGAGAAGGAGGCCGUCAAGCCAGAGAUCGAAGCCGACCAGAAGAGGACGUCGGUCUUCAUCUACGACACAGACGACACGGACGAGCUUUGA